AUGGAGAUUUAACAUUACGCCAAAUGCUCAAAGAAGAAACUCCAAAGUGCAUCAUCAUCAAAUUCAAAUCCCUUACUACUGGUAAGCAAAACGAUCAACUAUUUGAUGGCUUGGAAUAAUCCAGAUUUACCAGAAGGUACAGUGCGUAACCUAAUGGAACAGGACACACUCAAAUGGGUAUUCGUAGGCGGUAAAGGUGGUGUUGGGAAAACGACGUGCAGUUCUGUUUUAGGGAUCCUUCUUUCUCAGGUCAGAUCUUCUGUUCUAAUAAUAUCAACUGAUCCAGCUCACAAUCUAAGCGAUGCAUUUCAACAGCGUUUCGCUAAAACUCCUACCGUCGUUAAUGGCUUCACCAAUUUGUACGCCAUGGAAGUUGAUCCAACUAUAGAGAAUGAAGACGGUGGUUCAGAAGGAGUGGACGGUUUCUUCUCGGAUUUGGCGAAUGCAGUUCCAGGAAUUGAUGAAGCUAUGAGUUUUGCUGAGAUGCUAAAAUUGGUGAGAACAAUGGAUUACUCUGUAAUAGUGUUUGAUACAGCGCCAACGGGACAUACUCUCCGGUUGUUACAGUUCCCAUCAACACUAGAGAAGGGGCUUGCAAAAAUAAUGAGUUUGAAGAGUAAAUUUGGUGGUGUUCUAAGUCAGAUGACUCGUAUCUUUGGUGUUGACGAUGAAUUUGGUGAGGAUGCAAUUCUAGGCAAGCUGGAAGCCAUGAGAGAUAUUAUUGAACAAGUGAACAGACAAUUUAAGGAUCCCGACAUGACGACAUUUGUUUGUGUUUGCAUUCCGGAAUUCCUCUCUCUAUAUGAGACUGAAAGACUCGUUCAGGAACUCACUAGGUUUGAGAUUGAUACACACAACAUUAUAAUUAACCAAGUGCUCUAUGAUGUAGAAGUUGUUGAAUCCCAGUUGCUGAAGGCUAGGAUGCGGAUGCAACAAAAAUACUUGGAUCAGUUCUACGCAUUAUAUGACGACUUCAAUAUUACCAAGCUACCUUUGCUACCACAAGAGGUUUGUGGUGUUGAAGCUCUGAAAGAAUUCAAGUAUCGUUUUCUAACACCAUAUCGACCUACUCGUGCGCGAUGUUCAGCGGAAGAGUUGGAGAGCGGAAUAGCCAAAUUGAAAGAACAGUUGAAAGAUGCUGAAGCAGACUAUGAAAAAAUUAGGAAAGGAAAAAAUCAGGUUUAAUCUAGAAAGACUUUUCAAAUCUGUUUCCCAGAGAAAAUUUUUUAUUCUCGUAAUUUGUAUAUCCUGAAGAGAUGAAUAUUUUACUACAAUUGUCCCUCCCAUAUUAGACUGCAGCUUUUGGAUUCUGUUUCCAUCACUAUCGGUUAAUUGGUUGGGAUUACCAGCCUGACCAAACUCCAAAGAAUAAGAUAAAAAGAAGAGUUCCUGCCAACAGCUACAUGCCCAUUGAUAGCUAUACCUGGAAUCGAGCUAAUUGCAUAGGCAUAGGGGAAGUGGACGCGUAUAUCAAAAGCUCAAUGUGAAAUCACUAUCUAUGCAUGUAUUUUCAGCCUCGAUUGAUGAAUCUUUUGCUUCUCGAGUGGUGUCGAACAAUAGUGAUACCCGCCCUGGACACAGGGAUACGAGAACCAAUCCAAGUAAACUUAGACAUCAUUUUAUUUGUUGACCAAAGUUUUUUAAUUCAGUCAGUUUGUAUAUCCAUAUUAAAAUGGCG